AUGUCUGCUUUUACUGAUUAUUGUAUAAGUUGUGAAAGAAAAUUGGACUCAGACCAUCUAAUGAGUUUAUAUUGCUCCAACAGAUGUAUGGUAAUUGACGCUGAUAAACAUGAUGAUCGCAAUCAAAUAUAUCAAUCAGAUUACAGUAUAAAUCUGACUGUCCUCAAUGACUUCAAUAACAGUUUGAAGAAGAUGGAUAGAAUUACAGAGAAUAAUUAUAAUUUAUGGAUUAUAAAUAAUGUUUAA